GGAGACCCCAGGAGCUCCGCGGGGGAACACGGUACCGAUCACUGAUCCGCGCAGGAUGGGGAACUUAAUCAAAGUGUUAACCCGAGACAUCGACAACAACGCCGGGAACUUCUUCCUGGACUUUGAAAAUGCUCAGCCGUCGGAGUCGGAGACGGCCGUGUGGGACAAGGUGAACCAGGUUCUGACGGAGGCCCAGGUCAUCCUGGAGGACCUGCAGACCUACAGAGGAGCCGGAGAGGAGAUCCGACAGGCCAUCCAGAACCCGACUGCGGACCUGGUCCAGGAGAAGGCCUGGUCCGCUGUAGUCCCUCUGGUCUCUAAACUCAAGACCUUCUACGAGUUCUCUCAGAAACUGGAGUCCAGCCUGCAGUGUCUCCUGAACGUCCUCACCAGCUCCAGCUCCACUCCGACCCAACACCUGGAGUCCCAGCAGGCGCUGGCCCGCCAGUUCGCCCACAUCCUGCACUUCACGCUGCGCUUUGAUGAGCUGAAGAUGACCAACCCCGCCAUCCAGAACGACUUCAGCUACUACCGCCGAACCAUCAGCCGAAUGCGGAUCAACAACCAGUCGUCGGACGCAGGAAGUGAUGUCAACAACGAGCUGGCCAAUCGGAUGUCUCUGUUUUACGCCAACGCCACGCCCAUGCUGAAGACGCUGAGCGACGCCACGUCCAAGUUCGUCUCAGACAAUCCAGACGUCCCGAUUGAAAACACGACGGACUGUUUGAGCACGAUGGCCUGCGUCUGCAAAGUGAUGCUGGAAACGCCGGAGUACCGGAGCCGUUUCACCAGCGAGGAGACGGUGUUGUUCUGCCUGCGGGUGAUGGUCGGAGUCAUCAUCCUGUACGACCACGUCCACCCGGCCGGAGCCUUCGUGAAGACCUCCAACAUCGACAUGAAAGGCUGCAUCCGAGUCCUGAAGGAGCAGCAGCCCAGCAGCGUGGAGGGUUUACUCAACGCUCUCAGGUACACGACCAAACACCUGAACGACGAGACUACCUCCAAGCAGAUCAAGAGCAUGCUGCAGCCAAAUUAACGAGUUCUGGUCCAAACGUCAGGAGAACUACUGAAAAACCUUCGGCUUUAAAGAUUGUUGUUGUUUUGUUGUUGUUUUUAUUUUU